GACUCAUUUCUACGCUACUCUUUUCAAUUCCCUCUAAAUCUCUCUCCUCGCCCUUCCUUCCGAUUCUCUCCCACUUCAGAUCUUGCCGGAGCAGUUUGGUAUCUCCAACUAACUCCAGCUUUCGAUCCAGAUUUGGCAGGUUUAACUUGGAAAUGGCGAAAGGUAGCAGAGUACGGUACAGAUCUUCUUCCCGGAAACUCAGGCCAACUCCUUACUCGUUGCCCUCUUGUCGCCAGGUUAUCUCAGAGGAUUUGUGCCUUAAGAACUGUUCCAGUCCAUUAGAUAAGAAGGACUGGGAAGAUGCAACGUGUUCUGUGUGCAUGGAGUGCCCACACAAAGCUGUUCUUCUUCUGUGUUCCUCCCAUGACAAGGGUUGCCGCCCCUAUAUGUGUGGAACUAGCUUUCGAUACUCCAAUUGUCUUGACCAGUAUCAGGAGGCCUAUACUAAAGCAGUCUCUUCAAAUCAUGGACUACCAUUGAAUAAUUAUGUUGAUAAUCCAAUUAUUGGACAGGGUACCACUGGGCCUGUUGAUAAGUGCAAAGUCACACAGCUUGCAUGUCCACUUUGCAGAGGCCAGGUGAAAGGUUGGACUGUGGUUGAACCUGCAAGGGAGUAUCUGAAUGCAAAAGAGAGAAGCUGCAUGCAGGAUGACUGCUCUUUUGUUGGAACUUUUAAGGAGUUAAGGAGACACAUGAGAGCAGAACAUCCAUCUGCCCAGCCACGUAAAGUAGAUCCAAAUCUUGAACAGAACUGGAGAAGGCUUGAGCGUGAGCGUGAUAGGGAUGAUGUGAUCAGCACAAUAAGGUCAACCAUGCCAGGGGCAAUGGUUUUUGGAGAUUAUGUGAUAGAAGGAAACCGUCAUGGUUUUGACUCAGAUGAAGAGGAUGAUGUUGAUGCAGAUGCUGCAACGAGGAAUGGAAAUAUUGAGUUGAGUGUAGAUCGUAACUUUGUGAACUUUUUUCUUCUAUUCCAAGCAUUUGGGCCAUCAGGUAAUGACCUCAGUGGACGGCUAGGGCAAGCUGGGAGGAAUUUCCACCAUCAAGAUGAGAAUACUGGUGUCACUGUCACCCAUAGCAUCUCUCCUGUUGUUGGUCUGGGUUUCUCAGAUGAAGACAAUGACAACGCAAGUAAUAACAAUGAAGAUGAUGAUGGUGGCAUCUCAUUAGUUAGUCGCCUCCAUCGACAAGGCAGGGUUCUUCUAGGACGAUCAGGUAGGAGACGUAGACGCAGACAAGCCAACAGAAGUCAAAGAUGAAACAAUGGUGACUAUAAAAAAGGAGGGAGAAUUGGAUAAGUUUGAAUAGAGAGAUAGUUAGGGAAAUUAGGUAAAACACAAAAGAUUAGACUCUGGCAUCGAUUCACUUCUCAUUCAUUUCAUAGCUGUGCAAAAUGGGAGGAGGAAUGAUGGAUGUUUUCCCCUUUCAUAUUGAGCUUUUCCUUCUUUCCUCCUUAUGGUGUAUUCAUCUAUCCUCUAAGUUAAAUAUGUAAGUCUGUAACUUGUUUGAUUUGACCUUUUUCAUUCAUUUAUCAUCCAUUCUUGUGCAUCUAGUCUAGUCAGAACAAGGAAACGCCAGCCGUUUUUCCUUGAAUACAGGGGAAAGGUUCAAUAACGCUCUGUAUGUAUCAAUUGUUGUUGCUUUGUUUUUCAUCUUGAGGAAGAACAGUUGUUAAUAUUUUGCAUAAUUUAUAGUACUAUAAAAUCUUUCUUUAUGA